AUGGCAUUGGGUAGUUUAAAAAAGCAUGAAAUUGAUGUCAAAAAAAAUUUGAGGAAUUUAGAAAAUAGAAAUAAAUCUCUGAACUUAUCUUACCAAGAAAGUCCAAAUAAAAAAGUGCAUCACUCUAAAAGAUUAGCAUUAUUUGCCAAAUAAAAAUUAAAUGAGCUACUAGAAAUCAAGGAUGGAUUCAAUCAAGAUUACACCUCCUUUAUUAAAGACAGCAACUAAUAGAGCCAAAUGAUGAACAGGAAUGGAUUAAUGAAAGAUACGCAGAAUUCAUUUUAGGAGAAAAAGAAACUCAAUAUUUCAAAUUCAUAAAUGAAACUCUAAAUCUUACAGUAGAAUAUAAAAAAUGGUUUUGUAUCUGAAGAAUAAAUUAAAAAUAGAAGUAGACCUUAAACAUCAAUGGCAUCUAGAUUCCUUUUAACUACUGCAAAAUCUUAAAUAUAAAAUUAAGAUAGAAGUUUUCAAGGCACAGCUCAGAAAGGAGAAUACAAGAAUCUGAUGAAUGAAAGGUUAAGCACAAAUAAAGUUCCAACUUAAAAUCCUAACGAAGAAUUCUCUAGAUUACAUUCAUAAAUAAUGUCUGAUAGUUCUAUUUUAUAAUACCAAACACAAUCUAUGCUUAUUAGUAACAACGAAUCUAGAAUUUAGAAAUUAAAAGACCUUAUUAGCAGACAAAACACUAACACUCUUAAUUAAAAUAGAGCAAGUUUUGUAGAAUAGCAGCUAGACCAAAAAAUGAAAUAAGUCUUUAAUGCUGAGGACAGAGUUGUUGUUAAUGUAAAUACUAACGGUUACAAAAGAAAAUAUUAAAUUGACUAGCAUUCAUUAACAAAGCAAUCUACGAUAACAAAGCAUGAGGAUUUAUCCUAGUUGAUUUAAAACCCAGAGAGCUCAAUCAUGUCUAAGCAAUCUAGUCCUAAUCUAAGGAACAUGAUUAGUAAAAAACAUUACCAUAGCUCUUUACUGGGAAGCAAAGAAUAACUUCGAUCGAUUAGCGCCAUUGCCAACAAAAGAUAAAGAAGAAAAAACUCUGACAUAAAAGAUUUUUACAUUACUGGAAUAAUUGAUUCGGGACUCCCUGAUAGAAUUCAUGUUAGAAAAGAAUCUGAUUCAGAAUCUGAGGAUGAAAAAGAAUUAAGGCUGAAAAACUAAGAAAGAUUGAAUGACCUGAAAUACUAAGUCUAGGUGAAUUUGAAUCAAGAAUAUAAAAGACACAAGCUAGCUCUUGGGUCUUUGAAAAUGCUAAGGGACCUUCAACUUGAAUGGGACAUUGCUUUUUAGGAUGAUACAAUCCCACACAAAACAGUACUUAAAUUUAUGAAUUAGAAAGAGAUGUCUUUAUAUUUUGAAAUUUCAGAUUAACUAACUAAAAAGCUUGAAAGUAGAGGAGACAUUAAAGCAUUUGAUAAACUUGAAUUUAUAAGGGAAAUGAAAGAUAUUGCUAAGGUAUCAAGAGAUUUCUUAUCUUUUUUAAGAGAUUAAGACACUCAUAAAAAUGUUGAAGGAAUUUAAGAAAAUAAUUAAAAUAGAGGAUUGAUAAGAGCAUACCUAUUCGAUAGUCUAUGGAAGAAUUUAAUGAUGACAAUUGAUGACACAAUCAACCAUGUAGAAACUACAGCUACUGAUAGAGCUUAAAAGGCUUUGAAGAAGUUCUAGGGGGAUCAAAAGUAAUAGCAAAGCAUAAUUGAUGAUUUGAAAUUGUAAAUGAUUUAAUUGAAGGCAUCCCAAAAGAUUCAGCUUGAUAUCAUCAAUGCCAAAAUGAAUAGAUUAGCUUAGGAGCGAGACAAUUGUUUAAGGGCUAUAUAGGAUUAUAGAGAUGAGGUUGGCUAAUUAACGAAUUUUAACCAAAGAGAUAGAGCACUAGGAGAAAUGAAGGAAGCCUAUAACCAAAUAUCAGACCUCAUAAAUUAAAGCGAGAAUGAAAGAAGCAAGCAAAUGACUACAAUAUCGUAAUUUCUGGGAAUGCUUGAGAUCGGUUCAAAGAGCAAUAAAAAGCUAGAAUAAGAGAUUUAAACUGAUCUAUCUUUGAUAGGAGGUUAAGAGAGAGGCAUUAUUACAUAACUUGAUGCUGCUAAACUUUAAAAUCUUGGAAAAAACUCUAUUACAAGAUUCAUUGACACUUAAGCCAAAUUAAAAGAUUCAACUUUAGACGAUGUUGUCAAAUAACUAAAUUACAUACUAACAGAAAAAGCUCGAAAAGAUUUGAUUGAUAAGAAGCAGAACAAGAGAAUAACAAAUAUAGUUGAUUUUGCAUGUGGUGUAACACUUACAAAUUCGAAUUCAUAUAAAGGAUCAAAGCAAUAGCUUUAUUCAUACAUUCAAAAAUUAAAUGAGUUGCCAGAAAUGAAUUUUGUUAUAGGCAGAGUUCUUGGAGUUAAUAGCUUUUAAAAGUUAAGCGAUGGCUUAAUUGACGCUUUUCUCCAACAUCGACUUCUGUUUAUUGAUAAGGUCGAAGCUCCUUAGAAUAGUGCUUCUUAAUUAAUUCUAAAUGGAAAUGGUUAAGUUGAUUACAAGGGAAUUAUUGAUUUUAUCUUAGAUUAGUAUAGCUUUGUAAUUAUUAAGCUCUUUAUUAACGUUUUUAGAAUAAUCGAUUUUGUGAACUUAUAUUGGAGAAUCUAUAUCUAGGAAAUAAAGAUGAGCAUCCGACAAUAAAAGGAUAUUUGA